GCCGCUCGAGCUGCUGUUUGCUCGGUGAAGACGCCUAAAAUGGCUGCUGUUCCCAGUCCAAAUGAAGCUCGGCGCAUCACAGAUUUGCGUGUCGUAGAUCUCAAAUCCGAACUCAAACGGCGGAAUCUCGAUAUUAGCGGUGUUAAAACUGUUCUGAUCGCCAGGUUGAAACAGGUAAUAGAAGAAGAGGGAGGUGAUCCUGAUAACGUGCAGCUCUUUUCGGAUACGCCUUCAAAGAAAACUCCUAAAAGCAAAGGGAAAAAACAAGAUAAUGAUGAAGCUGGUGGUGAUGUUGGCACAGAAGAUGAUGGUAAUAGCAAGAUGGAAGCAGAUGUAGAUGCAACUCAGAGUGAUUCACAGGACACAAGUGAUCAAGAUGGAUUAGAGGACCAAAAGAUCAGUGAAGCUGAGGAAAUGGAUAAAAAUGAUUCAGUCAUUAGAGAGUUGCCUGGAAGUGGAGAUGAUGAACCUGAUGCUAAAACACCAGACGACGAAGAGGAUGAACAUCAGGCAGAGGAAGAAAAUGAAGAGCCUGUUCUUGAAGAAGUGGAUAUCGUUUUGCCAGAAGAGAUAUUUCAGGAACCAGAAGAGGAUGAGAAUGAUAAAGAUGUAGAUGAUAUAGAUGACGGUUCUCGUGAAGUGUCUAAAUCUCUACCUUCAGAGCAAGGCCUUGCUGAAGCUCAACAAACAGUUCAAGUUGAAACUGAACCCAGUGCAUCUUUGAAGGAAGUGGAUGACGAUAAUAUUUCAGUCACAAUCCAAGCAGAAGAUGCUAUCACACUGGACUUCGAUGGAGAUGAUCUUUUGGAAACAGGUAAAACUGUGAAAACUCCCGAAGGUGAGACUAAGUCCAAAGCUGAAAAGGACUCCCCGUCCCAAGAUGAUGUGAAGGGAGAAGUCAAAAAUGAGGGAAAGAAAGAGAAAAACCAUAAAGAAGGAAGAAAGGAGGAGGGGAUAAAAGCAGAGUCAGCAAAGAAGGAAACCAGAGAAGGGUCCAGAAAAGCUGAAGCUGGAGAUAAAGAGAAAGAUUCUUCGAAGAAAGGCCCCUCAUCUUCUGGGGCAUCCAAUCAAGCAAAGAGUUCAAGUAAGGAUUCGAAAGAUAAGACCGCUACUAAAGAUGAGAAAGGUGUGAAUAGUAGUAUUGGAACUAGCAGUGGUGGUGCUAGUAGUUCGACCAAGAACCUGUGGAUUAGUGGAUUGUCUUCGAACACAAAAGCAGCUGAUCUAAAGAACCUGUUUAGCAAAUAUGGCAAGGUUCUGAGUGCAAAAGUAGUAACCAAUGCACGAAGUCCCGGUGCUCGAUGUUAUGGAUUUGUGACAAUGUCAUCCAGUGCAGAAAUGUCUAGGUGUAUUUCCCACCUUCAUCGCACUGAGCUACAUGGACAGCAGAUAUUUGUUGAAAGGGUUAAAAAUGAUCCUUUUAAAAAAGAAUCCAUAACAAAAGACGGAACCGGGAAAAUUGGUUCAAGUAGAAGUAGUAGUGAUAAAAAGAGUUCGGGUGGAAAACCAGCCAGCAAGACACAAGUAUCUUCUAAAAAAGAGGAUAAGAAAACAGAAAAGCUUGGAGAGAGAAAAGAAAACAAAGAUGGGUCAAGCUCUUCAAAGAAACCAGAAAAUAAAAAGGACGACAAGGAAAGUGCAACAAGCAGUAGUCAUGACCAUUCCAAAAAAGUAGAGGAAAAGAGGCGAAGAAGUGUGAAGAGUUCUCAUCGGAUGGUGGUUAUUGACAAGACUAAAGGUGAACCUGUUGUUAGUGUGAAAACUGCAAAGAAAGGCAAGAGUGAACAGACUUCAGUUUCAAGAAGCAAAGAGAAACACAUUCCAGGCAAAUCAAGCUCCAGAGACAGAAAGGAUAUUUUGCCAUUUGAAAAAAUAAAACGGCAAAAGAUUCGUGAGCGUUUGAUCAGAUUGGAACGCAUACGACGUGCAAUAGAAUUAAGAAGGCGGCGUGAAAUAGCUGAAAGGCAGCGUCGUGAGCGGGAGCGCAUUCGCAUGAUACGUGAACGUGAAGAACGUGAUCGCUUACAACGAGAAAGGGAACGGUUGGAGAUUGAAAAGCAAAAACUUGAGAGAGAGAGAAUGGAACGGGAGCGACUGGAAAGGGAACGCAUACGUAUAGAACAGGAACGCCGUAAGGAAAUAGAGCGCAUUGCCCGAGAACGUGAAGAGCUUCGUCGGCAACAAGAACAGCUCCGUUAUGAACAAGAAAGAAGAAAUUCUUUGAAACGCCCACCUGAUGUAGAUAAUAGACGUGAUGAACCUUAUUGGAAUGAACACAAAAGGAGAGCUCUGGACAAUGAUGCCCGAUUUGGUCAUGGUUCUGAUUACAGUCGCCAAGAGCCAAACCGUUACAAUGACUUUGACCACAGGGUACCAUCAUUUGAUAGGCGAGGAGAUCGUUAUAACCAUCAAGGAGAGGGAAAAAAGAAUCGUUCUGGAAGUCGCAGAGAGGACACUGGUUAUAACAGAUAUCCAAAGCCAUAUAAUGAUUCCAGAAGACCAACUUCCCAACAAAGAAGUGAACUUCAUGCAAAUGCUGAGCGGAGAGAAAUAAGGGAGAGAGACGACCGGCGAACUGUAACAAUUCAGGACCGCUCGGCUGCUAGCAGGGGACACGAGCAUCUGCAAAAGAUGUCCCCAUCAAGAAACUUUUCUGACCGCAGUAGAAUGGAAGAACAUGGAGUCCAUCAUAGCCGACCAAGUCAUAAUUCUUCUCGACCUGAUGAUUGGAAGUCGAGUGGUGGCAUGGGCUCAACAAAACAUGAAUUGAGAACUUCAAGAGACAGAGAUCGGAUACGCCCAGAGAGAUCUGGUCAAAAUAUGCGAAGUGGACCACCAAGUGGUAUGGCUGGGUAUAACAGCAGAGAUGGUGGAAGACCUGCAAUAGGAGACAGAGGUGGUAGUUCUCAGCAAUCUCACUACCACGAUAAUAGACAUGUAGUGGUAGAACGUCAUGGUCGUGAUUCAGGAGGACCACGGAAUAGUUGGCAUCCUGGACCUAGUUCUCAAGGCACUGGCUAUCAAGACAUGCGGCGAAUGAGUGACAGUCGUGGUCCUGGCAUGAUUCCAUUAUCCAGUCCUUCUGUAGCAAACAGAAUUGUGCAGAUCACCAACAACACAAUGCAAGGAGGCAAUGUCUCAGGCUCCAAAGGAAUACAUGGAUCAGGAGAUGGUCGGUUUAAGCCAUUCAAAGGGGGUGCUCCACGAAGAUUCUGAUGUACCAAUAUUUGUAGCAGUUAGUGUUUUUGUUUUGAGAUUUGUCUGUACUUGGUAGUCUUAUUCAAUGUGUACAACCAACUAUCUUUUCACAAAUGUUUUUCCUGUUCGACAAACACAUUAUUAGGCCUUGUUUCUUUUUAAGAGAAUGGUUUUGUGACUAACUUACUAAUGUAUUUUUUGUUUACCACCACUACUGUCAAAAAUGGAAAAGACUAGACCGUUAAUACUUUGCAAUCUGAUUUUGUGUAAAUGUCUGAUAUUGGAGAGAAAUGGCAGUGGAACCCCAGUUACCUGCUGCUGAAGUGGUGAGGGAAUCCUCUCUAUGAAUAAUGAAAAUUCGAUGGUCAACGUCCCUUAGUCGAACAGUGGUUAUUUUUGGCUCAGUUGUAUCUUUUUGGGUGGCCUAAUCAAAUUCCUAGUGCAUGUACAUAACAUCCAAGCUUUUGUAUUUUAAAAAUUAAAUAUUUUUAAUGAAUGCUUGAUGGCCGUAGCUGUUAAUGUCCUAUCCCCUGAACAUCAGCUGCACAGUUAGUAAAUUCAGCCAAGCACUGGAUAUCUAAUUAUCUGCUUAACCAGCUGAAUCAGGAACUGUCUGAAAAUCAUUCAUAAGCUAAAUUUGCAAUCUCAUGAAUAAUUGAGAAUGCAAGUAAUGGAAGCACAUAACUGAGGCUCCACUGUAUAUUCUCAACUAGAUUAUUCAAAAUGUUUUAUAACAGUGAAUUGCACAAAUGUCAUUUACCUGUAGUUAUGCUUUUCUACAGUGAUCAUUCAAAUGUUGAACAGUGCACAGGGUGGGGGGGGGUUCACCUUUUUUUGCAAAAUAGUGCUUGUAUUUAUUGACAAUUCUUUUCUACAUUUACCAGCAACAAUUUGAUUUUUCUUAUCCAAAGGAAGGUUGUUCUUUAAAAGUUCACAUGUAUAAAUGUGGUACUGAUGCUGGGAAAUGUAUUCUUGCAUUUUUGGAAUAAAUCUUAAUGAAGUUGAA